CCAACCCUCAUUGCUUUGGGACGCCAGGCUUCGGUCUGGGAGAUGUGUGACUUUUCCUCUUUUCGCGUUUGGUAUAAGGAGAAUUAACCAGAGAAACAACUAAGAAUCAGUGGAAUAGCGUAUUAAGGAUUUCAACAUUUUGGGGAGCCUGACGCAGAAAAGUUGCUUUUUUGGCAAGUGGAUGAAGGCGCACAACGCAUGUGCCAACUGGACAUAGGACUGUAUCAAAGAAAAGGGAAUCGCAUUUGAUACAGUCCAGCUUAGCUGUCCUACUUUCUCCAAAGUCAGGUAACAUGGCAAGAAAGACACUUGUUCCCGAAAUUCAGUAGCCUAGUUACUUUCAUCCCAAAUGCAGCGCGGCAGGAAGACCUGUAACAAAGAGGAUUCUUAUUUCGUGCUCGACUAAGAUCUGCAAGUUGUCUGAGCCUGACUUGUCUAAACCGGCGAGAUGAGUUGCUUCUGUGCGGUCCAAGAGGAGUUUUAUUGCGAAGUGCUUCUCUUGGACGAAACGAAACUCGCGCUGACCACUCAACAACAAGGAAUCAAGAAGUCUACCAAGGGAUCUGUGGUGCUGGAUGUGGUCUUCAGCCAUGUCAACCUGGCAGAGACGGACUACUUUGGCUUGCGAUACUGCGACCGUAGCCACCAGACAUACUGGCUGGACUCCUCUAAAACACUGGCUGAACACAAAGACCUUAUUACAACUGGACCUCCCUAUACGCUCUACUUUGGUGUCAAGUUUUACGCUGAAGACCCCUGCAAACUCAAGGAGGAGAUCACCAGAUACCAGUUCUUCCUCCAGGUGAAGCAGGAUGUCCUGCAGGGUCGCCUCCCCUGCCCCUUCGACACCAGCACUCAGCUGGCUGCCCUCGCCAUGCAGGCUGAACUGGGGGACUAUGACCCUUAUAAGCACGCGUCAGGAUACGUGUCAGAGUAUAGAUUUGUCCCCGACCAGAAGAAGGAGCUAGAAGACGCCGUGGAGCAGAUCCACAAAACCGUCACGGGUCAGGUUCCUGCCGAAGCAGAACUCAAUUAUUUAGCCAUCGCCAAAACACUGGAAAUGUAUGGAGUCGACCUUCACCCAGUCUUUGGAGAGAGCCAAUCGGAGUAUUUCCUAGGCCUGACUCCUGUCGGAGUGGUGGUGUAUAAGAAUAAAACACAAGUUGGGAAGUAUUUCUGGCCAAGGAUCACUAAGGUCUAUUUUAAGGAGACACAGUUCGAGCUCCGUGUCGUUGGCAAAGAUUGCCAAGAAACAUCCUACGUCUUUGAGUCUCCGAAUAAGACGGCCUGUAAAAACCUUUGGAAAUGCUGUGUGGAGCACCACACCUUCUUCAGAAUGCCAGAGAAUGACUCAAAUUCGCUCACGAGAAAGCUGUCAAAGUUUGGCUCGCUUGGCUCCAAACACAGAUACAGUGGGAAGACGGCGGUGCAGAUGGGCAGGGAGCAGGCCGCCAGCUUGCCCCGGCCAGACCUGCAGGUGAUGCGCACACGCAGCAAGACCUACCCCAAGAGAGCCCCGCAGCCAACUGAGCUGAGCAACGGGAAUCCACCGGUAUCAAAGAAAACCGAGCAUGCUGGGAAUGAGACGCCCGCUAAGACCACCACCCCCUGCCCACUCAAGAGCUCCAAAGUGAACAAGACAGAGAGCCAAGCGGAGGAGUCCCGGGGGAGAAGCGGCGCUCCGUGGGAUGAGAACGCCCCACAAAGUGGUCUAUAUAACUCAGCCAACGAGCGCAACAAGUCACCCAAAUUCCCCAACGCCCGCAGACGCACCCCCUCUGGCGGCAGCGAGAACGACCCCAAUCCCUCCUCCAGACGCAAGAGGGGUCAGAGCAGUGAAGACCCAGAGAACAAGCAGCACAGGAGAAGGUCACGUUCCCGCGGCAACACCAGCAGUGGCAGUGAGUCGGAGAAUUCCAACCGGGAGCAUCGUAAAAAGAGGAACUGGUCCCGUCAGGAGAAUGAGAUGGUGGACUCGGGGCCGCAGUGGGAGGCGGUUCAGCGGCGUCAGAAGGAGAAGAGCCACGACCCCAACCACCGCCGCUCCAGACACCGCUCCCGAUCGAGAAGCCCAGAUGUGCAGGCCAAGGAGCAGUUGUGGAAACAUAUCCAGAAGGAGCUGGUGGAUCCCCAAGGCCUCACAGAGGAACAGCUUAAGGAGAUCCCCUACCAGAAAGUGCAAACCCAAGGUGAUCCAAUCAAGUUCCGGCACUCUCAUUCCCCCCGGAGCUACCGGCAGUACCGUCGCUCGCACUGCUCCGACGGGGAGCGCUCCGUUCUCUCCGAAGUCAACUCUAGGACAGACUUAGUCCCUCCCCUUCCUGUCACCCGCACUGCCGAUGUCCCGGGUUCGAGUCACACCCCUUCACAGAAAAAGGCCGGAUCGAAGGACACCCUCUCGGAAAGCACCGACCAGGAAACUAAAAGUGGCCCCAAGGGUGUGAAGGCUGUCCACACACCCAGGACCAAGACAGAGGCAUGAUGGGACUGAUAGAUGGAAAAAUGUCACAGCGAUGACCAUGAACUCAGUGUUGUCUCUUGGUUGGCCAUCCUGGUCUUCGACCAAGGGGAGAACAACCCCUGACACAGUCAGGAGGAGAGAGAGUGUUCAUGAGAAUGUAACUCUGUUGUGCUGGUAUGCUCCAUGGCAAAGACUCUUAGUCGGAGGCAGUGCGUAUAAAAUGACUUGUCUCGUUCACACAGCAGUCCUUGGCAUCCUUAUUCUCCCUUGCUCUGCGACCGACCGCACUGGUGGACUGGUGGAUGUGUCCCUUUGGCUGAGGUGACAGUGUCCGUCUUUGUGAGGGCCAGACGUGCUUAGGAACGACUUGUUCGUGAAAAGAGGAAGGGUUCAGGACCCUCAACUACCCAGAGGUUGCUUUGCCGUAAGCCUGCAGGAGCAGAGUCAAAAGGCCUCUUUCCGAGGUUACAACUUACAACUGACUUUGACUGCCAUGACGAUCUAGAUGGACGAGAAUCAUCACAGGCAUCUUCUUUCCAAGGUUCAUAAUUAGUGAUGCUUGUGGACCAUUGCCAACAGUACCAUUUUGAAGAGAUCUGGCAUAUGACAUGUUUGUGGUUUUGUACAUGUAACGAAGCAAGGAGAAAUAAUCAUACUCUCAAGUACUAUGUCAUGGUUUUGUAUUUAAACUUGCAUGUUCAAGAUGGACGUGUUUUUUGGUAAAAGCCAGCCCUCUCCAUCUCAGCGUUACAAAAGGACAAAGCCCUUUAAAGUGUUAAGACGGACUGACUGCAUUUGAUGUGCCCAAUCAGGACUGAGUUAAAGUAGGUGUGUGUGUGCUUGUACAUACAACAAGCCUGUGUUAAUCCAAUCGAAAUGUGCUGCAAAAGUGUAAAGAGAUCGUGUAAACUGUA